CAUAAGCCCUGACUUGGGAUAAAAAUAAGAUGCUUUUCAUUUUCAAGGUAACUUUCGUUAGUAGUUGGUUACUAGAUACUUGACUGGAAGGUACUUGAGAGCAUAUUUAAGCGUGAAGAUAAUCCUUGAUUAAUACAGAACAUUUUAAGAUUUUAUGUAUUAGCUGAGCCAACCUCAUCAUCACCAUGUCCACCCCACUUAUUAAAUCUUUGCAAAUAUUAGCAUUAUUAUUUGCGCUAUGCUACACAUCAAGCAAGGCAAAUCUAGCCGUUGUCUUGGAACAACCAGUGGUCACACCGUCGACAAACGUGGUCGCUACCAUGGUUCACCUGACCUUUCCACCAGGCGAUCUUGGUUCUGAUCCACACACCCAUCCCGGUCCAGUAGUUGGAUAUGUGCUGGAAGGCGAAUUUCUGUUUCAGAAGAACAAGGAUCCCCUCCGAAUUCUCAAGGCUGGCGACACAUUUUAUGAAAACGAGGGCGAUGUCCAUGUCUGGUCAGCAAACGCGUCGAACAGCACAACUUGCAAAGUUCUCGCCACCUUAAUGGGUCGACCUGGAGAGCCCAUUCUUACUUUUGUGAAGGAUUAUCCACGCAUCAGCAGGGAGGAAGCUUUGAAAAUCGCUCUAAAUAAAUAGAUUCAGCAAAUUUUGAAUUGAUUUUGGUUCUAAUUGCCAGUACGUUUGAAAAAAUAAUGUUACCCUUUUGAAGAGUACAUCGAAUCUAAAUUGCAUAUUAAGUAAUCUACGUAAAUUCCAGUGUAAAUAUGUAAUAUUUUCAAAUUUAAUGUUCCAGCAGAAUGCUUGUCAGCUCAAGAAAAUGAAAUAAAUUGGAUUUGUGCACAAUA